AUGGCGUUUGCUGGUAAUUUUAUGAAUCCGGCGCCAUUAUGGCAUAAUGGUCCUUCACCUGGAGCUUUCUAUAGCUUCCCAGCUAAUACCACAUCCAUGGGGCCAUCUAGAGAGACAGUUUCAGACUUUAAGGCACAUUCAGCAACUCCGAUUACAACCACGACUACUGUGAUCGGUCUUAAGUUCGACAAAGGCUGUGUGAUUGCCGCUGACACGCUUGGGUCUUACGGGUCCCUGGCCCGUUUUCGAGACUGUCCCCGUGUACUGAAGGUCAAUGACUUGAUCCUGUUGGGAUCUGGCGGUGACUAUGCCGAUUACCAGUACUUGAAGGAUAUUAUCGAACAGAAAAUUAUUGAUGAACAAUGUAUCGGCGAUGGUCUCAAUUUGAAGCCUAAAUCACUGCACUGUUGGUUGACUCGUGUGUUGUACAACAAGCGUAGUAAGAUGGACCCAUUGUGGAGCAAUUAUAUUGUGGCCGGAAUACAGGACGGAGAACCAUUCCUCGGAGCGGUAGAUAAGCUCGGAACUGCUUAUGAAGAUGCAGCCAUCGCUACCGGCCUCGGAGCAUACAUGGCAACACCAUUACUGAGAGAUGCUGUUGAUAAAGGACCUAUUGAUGAAGAAACUGCUAAGAAUGUAGUCCAAAAAUGCAUGGAAGUGUUGUUCUAUCGUGAUGCAAGAUCAUUCCCUCGUUACCAACUCGGAGUUGUGAAUACCAAUGGAGUGACUGUCUCGGAGACCAUCGAACUCAAACAUGAUUGGACCCUGGCCCACAUGAUACAUAUGAAGUGA